ACAUGCUACACACUGAAAUUUGUUUUGGUCAUCUUUUAAACAGUUGAACAAACUUACAGACACAAUGGACGACCGUGAGCUAGACCUGACAGAGGCACAGAAAGCUACCAAGUCAAAAUACCCGCCAAUCAACAAGAAGUAUGAAUAUGCCACUUUAAAGGGAUAGGCCACUGUCAAUCACCAAAUUUGGAGAUGCAUGAGUACUUCCUGGACAUGAAUGAUCUGGAUCAUACAGCAGAUGUACAAAUUCACUCCUGGGGAAACUCUCUAGAGGAAGCCUUCGAGCAGUGUGCCAUGGGCAUGUUUGGCUACAUGACGGACACUGAGACAGUGGAACCGCUUGAUACAGUUGAAGUGGAAUCUGAGGGUCAUGACAUGGAGUCUCUUCUUUUCCACUUCCUAGAUGACUGGUUAUACAAGUUUUGUGCAGAUCUCUUCUUUGUUCCCAGAGAGGUCAAAGUUUUGAACAUAGACAGAAUACACUUCAAGAUCCGCUCCAUUGGUUGGGGUGAAGAAUUCUCUCUGGUAAAGCAUCCACAGGGAACUGAGGUGAAGGCCAUCACCUACUCCGCAAUGCAGAUCCACGAUAAAGAAAAAGCAGAGAUAUUUACCAUCAUUGAUAUCUGACCAUACGUCCAGAUGCAGACCACACUCCUCCUGGUUCAAUGGAACUGGAAUAUCUACUUGGCCAAUUUAAGUGGCCUUUUACUUAAGGCUUGUUCAACUUGUUCAAAUUUGUUCAACUUGAUUUUCUACAUGUGAAGUGCACUGUUUAAUGGAGAAUUUCCCAACAUUUCUUGUUAUAAUGGGUGCAUACAGUACAGUGCAAGAGCUCUCUGAUAGAUUACAAAUUGGUGAUUUGACACUAAUAUUUUUAUAAUUUGCAUUAUUUCACAAAACCGUGGUAAUUUACUUAAAGCCACAAUUGAAAAGUAAAACAAUUUAUUCGGUCAUCCCAGUUUUGCUUGAAAUGCUUGUGCAAAUUCUUGUUCUUAUUUAUCACAAAAUUGAUUGUGUUGAUGCCUUUUUAAUAAUUGUAAAUAAAUCAACAGAUUAUUUAUUUUUUCUGCUGUGGGGUUGAUUAAAUGGUUACUGGUACUUAAAAUAAAAUCUUGCUUUUAAA